AUGUCGACUGCAACAUCUACCAGUAUAACUUCUACACUGACAGCAGUUACAUUUGGAAUAAAUCGUUAUUUUUCAAUAUUUAUUCUUUUAUUCGGUACAAUUGGAAAUAUUUUGAAUUUGCUCAUAUUUUGUCAACCUAAACAUCGCACAAAUCCAUGUGCUGUCUAUUUUUUUUAUGCAUCUAUUGCUGGUCUAAUUGCUCUUUAUUCAGGCUUAACUAGUCGAAUUUUUGCCACUUUCUCACUUGAUAUAUCAGCAACCGAUGCUACAAUUUGUAAAUUGCGUGCAUUCAUCGUUUGGGUAUCAACAACGACUUCAUCCUGGCUUUUGACUUAUGCUACUAUCGAUCGAUAUUGUAUAAGUUGUCGUGAUGCACGUCGUCGAAAUUUUAGCAAUCUUCGUUUCACACGCAGAUUAAUGAUCUUUGCGGUUGUCGGUGGAUCAUUGAUAUUUGCCGAAACUUUCUAUUGUUAUGUGCCAAAUCUUAAAAAUUCUCCAUUGACAUGUUACGGUCAAAAUAUGGCAUGUCGUUUGUAUAAUGAAAUUGCUUCAGCACUCGCAUUCGUUUUUAUACCAUCAACCAUUAUGUUGAUAUUUGGAUUUGCAACUGUACAAAAUCUGAGAAAAUUACUUUGUUCAAUUGCAACGACGUCUAACGUACAUGGAACAUCAAUGACAAUGAAGAAGACAGAUCGACAAUUGAUUCAAAUGUUAAUUGUUCAAAUUAUCCUAUUGACUAUAUUUAAUGUUCCAUUGGCUGUUCAACGUCUCUAUUUAACAUCAACAUUAAAUGUUUCGAAAAAUAAAUCUGAACAAUACAAUGAAUAA